UAGUUGACUAGUUUCAAUUUUAUUAGCAGAAAUAUAAAAAUAAACCUCAUAGAGCAGAUCUAAAAUUAAGUUAGUCUGAUUUUAAGUUACAACUUCAAGUCCUGUUUCAGUUCUUCAGAUCUGAUUCUUAAUGUUUUAACUUUCCCCAGAAAUUAUUUGCGGUAUUUAUUUAUUAAACUGAAUUGCAAAGAAAAUCAACUGAGGCAGAGGGAAGCACCCUCCCUCCUCCCCCACAAAUCAACUUGAGUCACUGACGCAUAUAAGAGGCAGUACAGCCUAAACAGAAAGUAUUUUCUGAUCGUGCUGCAUUCAGUGACACAGGAUGCUACUGAUCCUCUCUGUCCUCUGUUUGGCUUUUAGUGCCCACGCCUCUGACAUCGACCUCCAUGGGACGACCACAGUCGCGUACGGUGGGGAUGCAAACUUCAACUGUAUGCUAGCAAACCCAACAGGCGUUCUGCAGGUCACCUGGCAGCGGGGUCUUAGACCUGAGUCAUUGGAAAACAUGGCAACAUACAACAAACCUGUUGGGGAGCAAAUAAAUGAGCCUUUUAAAGGAAAGGUGAUCUUGAACAACUCAUCCUUAAGCUCCUCGUCCAUCACAUUGAAGAAUGUGACGUGGGCAGAUGAAAAUUGUUACGUCUGUUCCUUCAACGUGUAUCCUGAUGGCUCCAAAAGGAAGCAGAUCUGCCUCAAGGUGGAAGGAAUAUCAGAGACGCACAAAAGGAACUCCUCUGCAAGCAGUUCUGCCCCUAACGGCAGAAAGGAAGAACUCAGUUGCUCAGCCACAGGGAAACCCGCUCCCAAGAUUUCCUGGAACACCUCCAAUCUCGCUCGCAUAGACGCCCCACCGACUACAGUCAGCAACAGUGAUGGGACAUUCACCACCAGCAGCAACAUCACAGUGCAGAUGCCUACAGACUGGAGAGGACAUGUGUACUGUGUAGUGAACCAAGGACUGCCGGGACAGCGGCAGGAGGAAUUCCCCUUUUCUUCACUCGAAAAGGAAGAGGAGGAAGGUAAUGUGUCACAGAAGACUCUGAUCAUCGCAGUCCUAGCAAUCAUCAUCUGCGUCACUGUCGUAGCAGUUGUAUUCAUCCACAAGAGCAGAUUAAAGAGAAGAUGUAACGAUUUAAAUGUCGUUUGAUCCGCCUUUUCAGCAUCACAGCAUUCAAGCAUUACAACCACCUCGGAGUCUGUCACACUGAUUCACUGUUCAUAAGCUAAAGCCGGACGCGACUCUCUGAAUUUGAACGGCACCACCUCACAUGUCUCUCCAACUGCAGCUCUUCUUGCACUUUAACUCGGAGUUUGUCUACGGACUUUGUUGAAUGUAGAAGCCACGGUGGAACCACAGCCGCGUGCUCUAAAGGAAGUGUUGUGCAAUAAAAAGUUUACGUCAGCAAAAUGGCUUCUUAACUGAGCUUCUGGCGCCAUCUAGUGUCUUGUUGUGUGAACAUGUUAUUCCUUCAUGAGCCAUCCUUAGAAAUUAAAUGUGAUUUUAUUUGUGCAAACAUAUUGGACGUCUUACCUCAGCUAAAAAAUAUAUAUUUAGACAUGUUUUUGUUAUAAAAGCCAACAUGUAUUGAUGUGUUCAGUGGCAGACAUUUUGGUCUUGUGUUUCUAAAUGUUAUUUAUUGCUUGCACAAAAAAAUGCAUAAAUUAAUACACCAUUUUAUUUAACGCAAGGAAUGUGAAAUUUGACUUAAAUUAGUUUUUGCUAUUUAUUUUCAAACCUAUUUAUUGUUUUGUUGAGUAAAUGUUUUUUUUUUAGGUUUUUGAUCUAACUUGCGAUUAAAAGUGUUUAUUUCUUCUUAUCAAGCAAAAUGUGUUGUCUGUUUCAUAUUUAGAGCUUGCUAUUAUUAAGUGCAACGUGUAAUUUAUUCAUAAAAGUCCAUUUAUAUUACAGAAUGCGCUUGCCAAACUCUCAUAAGGUGAUGAGUUAAAAGUAAAUGUUCAUAAAAGCAUGAUUCCCCCCCCCAUUUUUUUCACAUUUGAUUUCUUCUUCCUCAAAGCAGGAAAGAGAGGAGAGCACAUUAUUUUUAGGAAAACAAAGAUGAUCCUGGGUUCUCUGGUAAGCGUUAAAGGUUGGAUUACCAGAGAUGUAGACACAUGCCAUCCAGAUGCUUGGGAGUAAUGGCAGUAAAAAUCUUUCCUACUGUAACAAACGUAAACAUGCAGAGUUUGCUAAAAUCUACUUGAACUUUCUGGUUUUUGAUCAGAUUAGACUAAGCUGCAUCUCAGCAGUUGCUGAAGGUGUGUUUACUGAGUGUGCAGGAGGGAUCCAUCUGUUCCUGAGGUCCAUUAAGCGCUGGGCCUGAACUUUAUCAGAAUCACCUCACACAGCUCGGCUUCAAGAAACUUCAUAUGUUCAGGUGAAGAUUAAAUCCACCAGGAGUCAGUUUGGUGGAUUGAAGUUAUUUAGUUUCCUCAGUAUACAGCGUAAAACGGAAUCUUUACAUGAAGGUAAGUAAUCCUUUAAAAAGUUGUUUAGCUGGUGAAGGUGUUGACUUUAUGUCAAGACUUCUUGUGUCAGAGUAACUGUUGGAUCUCAAUCUCAUGGCCUUGUACCUGGCAAGAACUGAAUGUCUCCUAACCAAACAACCAACCACCUUGUGAUGAAGCCUCUUUGACAGAUUCAGCUUUGGCUUAUUUCCUGGAGCUUUGUUGUUCUAAUUUUGCUUUGCCAAAAUCUGUCAAAUACGAAUGACGAACAGCAGCUCAGAACAAAUGUGCUAUGGCAAGGUGGAGACAGAAUUCCAGGGGAGUGGGGAUGCAUCUGCACCAUCUCUUUAGGGAGAGGAAACCCGGAUCUCAAGAUCUUCAUGUUGAUGAUGUUGGAAGGUUGACUGAUGUACCAAGACUAAAGUAGGAAUAAGAAGGCAUCCUGGGUCCCCAUUUGUCACUCAGAAUUGUUUACUGUGUGGUGUUUUCAUGAUUGUGUGUUUUUAUGAUGUAAAGCACUAUGAACUGUCUUGUUCAUGAAAUGUGAUAUACAAACAAUCUUGAAUAAUAAUUAAAACUCUGAAUAGCCUGUUUGCUUGCAGAGCAUCUAAUUAAAUCAGUCAAUCCAGGUGUGGUGGUGCAGGUAGUUACACCUUUAAACUGAGAGUCAUUAGUUAAACCUGUCACUCAAUGAGCAGUGAAACUGUGGAAGGUUGUGUAAGAUCAUGUGGUCAACAGGUUAAGGCAUCAGUCACCAAGUAUGAAGGACAAAGGUUCAAAUCCUGGAAAGAGUGUCUGUUUUUUCAAUCUCUUUCAAAAGUGACACAGACAGUAGAAAAUAUAAAUGCGCCACGAGAAACUUGCAAAGUGUGUAAGGUUGUGUGGUUCACAGGUUAAGGCAUCAGACCUCAGUUACAAAAGAUGUGGGUUCAAGUCCUGAUCUUGGUCUGUAAAUAAAGUAGAUAUUCAUGCUUAAUUUGGGAUUUAAUGGGAUUUUUAGAUUAAAACCCACAAAUGAUUUCUGCUUAAAUAUGCUGUUUUUUUUAAUCAAUCUAUUUUUACUCCAGGAAUGCACCGAUUUCAAAGUUUUUUGCUGAUACUGUCAAUAAUUCUGUUUUCCUGUUUUUGCAUAAAAACCAGAAAAACAGGAAAAUCGGCAGUAUCAGCAAAAAAACUUUGAAAUCGGUGCAUUUUUACUCCAAGAAUGCACCGAUUUCAAAGUUUUUUUGCUGAUACUGCCGAUAUUCCUGUUUUGCUGGUUUUGUUUAAAAACCAGCAAA